AAUGCACCAGAACAGAUCCACCAUUGAUACCCAAAUUGCUGAACUCCAUUGACUAAUGCCAAUUCAGCGCCACCCAUGAAAAUCACGUGUAUCUGAACAUAAAGUCAGUCAAAUUAUCUACGCCCUCUUUUGAAAGCCUUAACAUUUGAGUUUGACAAUGGCCGAAGCCGGCUCACUUAUAUAAGCAGAUAUCUCAUUUUUUCCUCAACGCAAGAGUCCUUCAAUUCACAUAUAGCAGAACGCUUAAACAACGGGAAACCCCAAAUAUCCCAUAGCGAGCUGGUUCUUUAUUUUUAGCGGUCAUAAUUGUUGGCAUGGCACAUGUACAGAGCAGCAACAAAAUUUUAAUUGCAGGCGGUGGCAUUGCUGGCUUAGCCACUGCACUUACUCUGCAUAGACUAGGAUUGAAAAGUGUAACUGUGCUGGAACAAGCAAGCUCACUGCGAGUGACAGGUGCCUCUCUCACCAUCUGGGACAACGGCUGGAGAGCUCUUGAUGCUCUCGGCGUGGGAGAUAGUCUUCGCCGCAAGCACACACAAUUAAAGAGAAUUGAUACGCUAUCUACAACCAGUGGCCUCACCAAGAGUAUCGAUCUGCAAGACCAUGAUGUGCGCUGCGUGCUACGUAAAGAGCUUCUCCAAACCCUGGCUCAAGCACUGCCGGCAAAUACUAUUCGAUUCGGCUCAAAGAUUUCUGCAAUUCACCAAAGGCAAGACAACUCAAGCAUUGCAACGCUUGAUGAUGGAAGCCAGAUUUCGCCAAAGGUUAUUAUAGGAUGCGACGGAGUUAAUUCGACGGUGGCAAAGUGGCUAGGGUUUGGAUCCCCAAAAUUCGCUGGACGCUCUACGUUUCUAGGUUUAGGGAGUUUUCCGCAGGGCCACCAUUUUGAGCCAACGACGUUCCAGAUCUGGGGAGACGGAUUAAGGGCGGGCUUCGCUCCUUGCAAUGAAAGGGACGCUUUGUGGUUCUUGACUCGGAAGAGCCUUCCUCGAGAUGCAAAAAUCUCAUAUGAUGCAAAUAUCCUUCAAGAAGAAGCACAACAGUUAGCAGAAGGUCUUGGGAGCAAAGAAAUAAUGGAGGUUAUAAAGAGAUCAGUUCCUAGUAGUUUAAGCCUAGCCAUUUUGAAGUAUCGCUACCUUUGGCCAUUUCUAGCAGGUAAAGCACAUAAAGGUAAUGUGACUGUGGCGGGAGAUGCGAUGCAUCCGAUGACUCCUGACUUGGGGCAGGGCGGGGCUUUGGCUCUCGAGGACUCGAUCAUAUUGGGGAAAUGCUUGGCAGAAGUAGAUUUGGAUAAAUCACUUGAGAUUGAGGUGGCAUUGAAUAAAUAUGUAGAAAAGAGGAAAAAGAGAGUUUUUGGAAUGGGGGUGGGAUCCUCUAUUUCGGGAAUUGUGCAAAGUGGAAGUUGGUGGUUGCCAAAGCUCAUUAGGGAGAAAGUUGUCUUCAAUAAACUUUCACCCAAGAUGCUUCGUCAUACAGAGUAUGAUUGUGGCACUCUUCCAACCCUUUCUUAAAGUCUAAAUUCUUGUGACAAGGAUGCCCAAUGUUUGUCAAUGGCUGAUGUGGUUUGAUUUCCUUUGAACUUUGUCACUUCUUUGAUCAUGGUUACUUGAAGGUGGGUUAGGAUUUGCAAUGACAACCUUCCUAAUCUUCAAACACUUCAAGACUUAUGAUGUGGGGUAGUUGGCAAUUUCUUUAAUGCAUUAAAAAAGCAUCAAAAUUCUUACUUCAUUUACUCUAUAAAAUGAACAUUGCAAUUUGUUA